GCUCUUGUCAAUGUUAACGAAAAGGUUAUUUUUUACCAUGAUCGACACAGUGAUUGAUUUUCAUUCAAACAAGACAAACGAUAACUUCGAAUAUAUUACCAGAUUGUUGCACUCACUGUAUAUAAUUCGAUAUACAUAUAUUUCAUUUCUUUUAUUUGCAAAUCAGCAUUUAAAAUGCCUUUGACAAUCAUAACCCGAACAAAAUUGAAUGUAAUGGCUAUCAACAUUUGAGUGAUAAACUCACUGUUUUUUAACAGCGGGUGUCAAACGUAUGAUUGGUAAUGAAAAUUAAUUGCUUUUUCAAUAUUAACCUAGAUAUAAGGGCUUGAACAAAAUGAAAAGUUUAUUUGAACUAGACAUGUUCCGUUGAUAUUGUGUGUAUCAACUACACACCUAUCUUGAAUAGGUUUUCGUAGUUGCAGAUCAUUCAACAGUGGAACAUUCUGAUUUUUAUCCAACUAAAGCAUUUUGUUGAAUAGACUGAUUGAAUACGAGUAAAAUUUCAGUUUAAUCAAAUAUUAUCGGUGUUGGGGAAGUUACCUUAAAUAAUCAGAUUUAGAAUGUAUUCUUGAAACAAAUAAACUCAUUGUGAUAAAUUUGUUGCUGUUUUCAUGCGAUUAUUUUUCCGGAUUUAAAGCAUAGAGACAUUCACGUUUUGACAAGUGCAUUGUUUAUACAAACAGUAUGAAUACAGAGACAAUCAGAAAGAAACAUACUCAGUUUACUGUAACUGAGGUUUUGGAUUCGGACAUACAGAAAAGUAAAAACAGUGAGCAUGAAGAUGGUAAUAAACAUGACAAGGUCUCUGACAGUGUUGAAUGUGAUCUAAUUGACAAUGUUGACACCCAAGCCCCACUAACAGAUACAUUGACGUCAUCCACUUUAACAGCAAGACUCUCCAGUAAAUGGCAGGAACUGUCUAGAAGAAUUAAAGGACAAGGAUAUAAGACCAGAUUCCGGAAAAGACUAGUUUCUAAAUGGGAGAGUCUGAAUUUUGAUACAAUCGAGAAUAAGCUUCAUCAACAGCACAAGGUCAAACCUAAUGAAAAAAAAGAGAUAUUAUAUCGCUGGUUGAUGGCGUUCUUCACAGGCCUGUUAACAGCUAUUCUAGCUUCAACUGUCCACAUUCUUGUCGAAACCAUUGGGCAUGCUAAAUUUGAUUUUUUACAAAACUACAUUGAUAGAUGUUCUAAUGAAGAGUGCCUGUGGCAGCCAGCGGUGACAUGGAUUGUUAUAAAUGUGGUUGUAUCUUGCUGUGGGGCUGCACUGAUUGUAUAUUUUCAGCCAAUGGCAUUUGGUGGUGGUAUACCAUAUAUCAAAUCGUACCUGAACGGAGUAAAGAUCCCCGGAUUGCUGACAUUAGAAUGUUUUCUAGCAAAAGUAGGGGGUGUGAUUAUGUCUAUUCUAGGAGGCCUAGCAUGUGGAAAGGAGGGACCUAUGGCUCAUUCUGGAAGCAUAAUUGCAGCAGGUAUUGGAAAAGGUAGACUAAGGCUACCAUGUGGAAGGAAAAGAGUUUCUAUAUACGCUGGAUUUCUGGAUGAUCAUGAAACCCGGGAUUUUGUAUCUGCGGGCGCUGCAGCUGGGGUGUCUGCGGCGUUUGGGACACCAGUCGGUGGGACACUGUUCUCGUUAGAAGAAGCUGCUAGUUUCUGGAGUAAUGCACUGACUUGGAGAGUAUUUUUUACAGCUAUGAUUGCGUGCUUCUUCACUAAUUUAAUGCUCAGUAUAUUCCACGGCACACCGUUACGUUUGUCAUCCCCGGGCUUGGUGAGAUUCGACGUAUUUCCAAAUUUGGAGUUUGAUCUGAUAGAAAUACCAGUUUAUUUGUUGAUGGCCGUUAUAGGAGGUCUGUUAGGUGCCGCCUUUGUUGUUAUCAACUACAAAUUAACCGUUUUUAGAAAUAGAUUUGUCAAGUUAAAGUGUAUGCGAGUGUUAGAAGCUGGGUUAGUAGCAGCGUUAGCUGGGCUUGUAUCAAUUAUCUUGAUAACUAACAUUAAUGCAUGCACCAACAAGAAACCGUACGACGAUCUAGCCAUUGUUGCUCAAGUUAAAUGUCCAGAAAAUGAACACCAUUCUCUUUCAACAUUGAUUUUAGCAACACCAGAAGGAUGUCUGAAGGCCCUUCUUAACGACCCUUUUGAUUCAUAUGGAGCGGUGUCGUUAUCGUUGUUUGUUGUCGCUUUCUUUUUCCUGGCUGUAUUGACGUAUGGUUUAAGUGUUUCUAGAGGUGUAUUUAUACCUUGUCUGGUAAUCGGUGCAGCAUGGGGACGGCUGUUUGGAUUAGCUGCUAUGUAUAUUCUCCCAGGUGACAAGGAACAAUAUACGCAUAUAGGUAAAUAUGCUUUAGUCGGUGCAGCAGCUCAACUUGGUGGUGUUUUAAGGGCAACCAUCAGUUUAUCUGUGAUGAUCAUAGAGUGUACGGGAGAAGUUUCUUUCGGUCUUCCAAUUAUUCUUGUACUAAUGAUCUCGAAAUGGGUUGGAGAUUUUAUAUCUACGGGCUUAUACGACAUGAAUAUAGAAGUUCUUGGACUACCUCUGUUACCAUGGGACCCACCACCAUUCUGCCAUAAUGUCAAAGCUAGUGACAUCAUGAAUUGUCCGGUGUCGUCAUUUAGAAAGGUUGAGAGGGUGGGAGAUAUUGUACAAACACUUAGGAAUGAAACAUUCUGUGGGUUUCCAGUCGUUAGCAAUAGUGGAAAGGUACCAUGUAAAAUGUCUGGUCUGAUACUGCGGUCUCAACUUGUUGUGUUGCUGAAGUAUAAGGUGUUUUGUCAGCAGCUUGAUCAGCAGCCCAGCAGUGUUAGACUUAAAGAUUUUCAAAAAUAUGAUCAGCAUUUGAAAAUUGAGAAUGUUGUUGUGUCCGACGAGGAGAUGAAUUAUUUGAUGGAUCUAAGACCGUAUUAUUCACCUAGCCCAUAUACUAUUGGUCCGAUGUUUUCUCUUCCACGACUAUUUAGACUUUUCCGUGGUUUGGGACUCCGUCACUUGGUAGUUGUAAACGAUAGUAAAGAGCCUAUUGGAAUGAUAACAAGAAAAGAUUUGGCGAAAUUCCGAGUUGAAUCACAUCGAGGUCUACUGAAAGUUGAACAACUUAACAUAGAAGAUAAAUAACAACAGUGACAUAUUGUUAACACUUGUAAUGACACUAUACUACGACUUUACAAUUUUAGUUCAUGCUGAAUUUCUGAUUAUUUCAAAGGAAAAUGUUUUCUUUUUAAUAUUAUUCAAAGUUAACUUACGGUAACUAACAUGGCACAACUGCAAUUGAUAUGAUUUGACUAACAGGUCAGCUUCACACAUGUCAAAUACAAAUUUCUGGUACAGUGUACCAGUGUACUAUCAAACUGCAAACAAAAUAUAUUCUACUCUAUAAAUCAUUGUUGUUGUUUUUAAAGGCACAUUAUGCCUCAGAAAUGAAUAAUUUUUCCCAACUUUAGAAAGAGCAAACAUGAGUUUUACAAUGUUUAAAUCAUGGUUUUAGAACGUGUCAUUUAAAGAAAGUAUAGCACUGAUUGGGGAAUUAUUUGUCAUUAAAGUAGCAAAAUGUAAACAAAGUAGUAUUUUGACUUCCGUACAAAAUAAAUUUAGCUACAUGUAUACUAAUUAAAACAAGAGCACCGCUAGGCGGAGCAUUAUAUGCCCGAAAGUGUUUUUUUUUCUUUACUAAGGAUGAAGCAUUUGUAAGAUAUUACAUAAACUAAAUAAACUAUUACCUCUUUCAAAUAGCAAUCCUCCUAUAAAGUUUGAAUAUUGUGGGCCAAAUGGAACUUCAGUUAUGCUCUGGAAACUGUUUUUAGUUUUGAGGUAAUAGCUACCUUGAACUUUGACCGUGUGACCCCAAAAUCAAUAGGGGUGUUCUACCCAAUAUGGACAAUCAUCCUAUGAAGUUUCAACACUAUGGGCC